AUGUCAGCUGUCGUGGCUGCCGCUGCCUCUGCCGCUAUCUCCGGCUACCAAAACUCCUCCUCGAGCAGCAGCAACCAUAGUGAAGAGCUAAUAACUUCACAAAGAAUGCAAGUUUCUGUCACUCCACCACUAAGCAGGUAUGAGUCACAAAAGAGACGUGACUGGAACACUUUCGGUCAAUACCUAAAAAACCAUCGUCCACCAUUAACACUCUCGCGUUGCAGUGGUGCACACGUUCUCGAGUUUCUUCGUUACUUGGAUCAGUUUGGAAAAACCAAAGUUCACUUUGAAAACUGUGCUUAUUUUGGAAACUCACAUCCACCAGGUCCAUGUCCUUGUCCUUUGAAACAAGCUUGGGGUAGUCUUGAUGCUCUUAUCGGUAGGUUACGCGCUGCUUUCGAAGAGAACGGUGGUUCGUCGGAGAUGAACCCUUUUGGAGCACGUGCAGUGAGAUUGUAUCUUAGGGAAGUUAGAGAUGCUCAAGCUAAAGCUAGAGGGAUUGCUUAUGAGAAGAAGAAAAGGAAGAAGGUGAAUGUUCAAAGUCAACAAAAUGGGUCAAUGAUGGUGGAUCAGAAUCAUGGUAUAGUGCAUUCAGGGUAUGGUCAUGGUGGUGGUUAUGUUGAUCAAUACUCAAUUUUAAAUGGGAUACCUUCUAGGAAUUCUGCUGCAGUUUCUUCUUACUUCUCAUCAUAG